AAGACGGUUGGACCCCUAUUAAAGCAGUAUCAGGAGGAGAUAGAUCGUUUGACAAAGCGGGCAAAGCACGGCGAGACAGCUUUCCUCGACCUUUACCAGAAGCUCUAUGAGGCGCCCGAUCCGGCCCCCGCGCUUGCUAUGGCAUUUGAACAUGCGACUCGAGCCACGGACCUUGAGGCACAGUGCAAGAAAAUGGCAACGGAGUUGGCGGAAUACAAGGCUGAGUCAGCGCAGAUAAAGAACCAGGACCUCACUGUGCGAAAGCUGGAGGAGAAGGUCAGAGCCCUGGAG